AAAAGUUUAGUGUACAUCUAAACUCACUCAAGGUUGUUGUUUGGGGUCGUUCAACAUGGCAGCGGUGAAAUUAUUAAAAUUUUCUUCCUGCUCCUUUUUAAAAUCCUUAUCUGUUCGAAAUCUACGAAAGCUAUCAACUGCCACCUAUGCGCAAACACUGUUGAAUAUUCCUGAGACAAAAGUCACUACUCUUGAAAAUGGAUUUAAAAUCGCUACUGAGUAUUCAGAUACCCCUUGUUCAACCGUGGGCCUUUGGAUCGAUUCCGGGAGCAGGUUUGAAAGUCCCGAGAGCAAUGGUACUGCCAAUUUUGUUGAGCACAUGGCAUUCAAGGGUACUUCAAAACGAUCCGAGAAGGAUUUAGAAAUUGAAAUAGAAAAUAUGGGAGCAGUGUUUAAUUCGUAUACAGACAGAGAAGAAAGUGCUUUCUAUGCCAAUUGUCUUCCUUCUGAUGUACCAAAAGUUGUGGAUAUUUUGGCUGACAUCACUCAGAACAGCUCUUUUGAUAAUGCAAAAAUUGAAGAAGAAAGGCAAAAUAUCUUGAAGAAGUUAGAUGAAGCUGAAAGUAAUUUGAAGUUAGUGACCACAGACUACUUGCAUCUCACAGCAUAUCAGGGAACUCCUUUAGGACAGUCUGUUAUUGGUCCGAGCAAAAACAUUAAGAAGAUCUCUAAAGAAGACUUGUCAUUCUUUGUGCGAAAUAAUUUCCUGGCUCCUAGAAUGGUUCUAGCAGCUACUGGCAGUAUCAACCAUGACGAGUUAGUCAAACUUGCGGAAAAGAAUUUCUCAUCAGUACCUCUCACAUACACCAAUGAGAUCCCUACAAUCAAACCUUGUAGGUUCACCGGUAGUGAGAUUCGUGACAGAGAUGAUUGGAUGCCAUUCGCACAUGUAGCUGUUGCUGUGGAUUCAUGUGGGCAUAAUUCAGAGGACACAUAUCCUCUGAUGUUAGCUAAAACUCACAUUGGAAGUUGGGAUAAAACAUUAGCAUCUAGUGCUAACACAGUUAACCCUCUUAUUCAAAACAUCCAUGGAGAACCAAGAUGUCACAGUUUUGAAGCAUUUCACAUUCAGUACAGAGACACUGGAUUAUGGGGAAUCUAUUUUGUAAUGGAUGGCAUGGUUCUAGAUGACUUCAUGUAUAACUUACAAAAUGAAUGGAUGAAACUUUGUACAAGUUUUACUGAGAACGAUUUAAGAAUAGCUAAAAAUAUUCUAAAGGUUAACAUUUUACAAGAUCUGGAUGGAAGUACUCGGAAUUGUGCUGAUAUUGGCAGGCAAGUACUUCAUUAUGGAAAAAGAUUGCCAUUGGCUGAAGUGGACGACAAGAUUGAGUCUAUAACGCUGAAACAACUGAAAGAUGUAUGUUCAAAAUACAUUUAUGACAGAUGUCCAGCUAUUGCUGCUGUUGGUCCAAUUGAAGCAAUGACUGAUUAUAAUCGUGUCCGUUCUAACAUGUACUGGCUAAGAUACUAAAGUAGUAAACAGUAAAUAAUCUUUGUAACUUUUUCUAUGUUUCAAAGUUAAAUUAAAAUUGUACAUAGUAAUGUCAAGGUGUGUAAUCUUCUGGUCAAAAGGACUUAUUAUCGCUGUCAAAUAAAGUAGAAAUUUAUAUGAAA